AUGAUAUUUAAUGUUAUUCUAGAGAGUAUUUUGGUAAUAAUGAAUAUCAUUGAUAAAUUGGAGAGUCAUGAUUUCAACUAUUCGGGUAGAAGGACCGAUAAGCCUUCGAAAUAUUUGAUGAAGAAGGCCAAAAGAUCGGCGGCGGGAUUAGAUGAUUUGGAAAAAUCAUUGAGGUCUUCGACAGUUUACGUUGGGGGUUUAUCAAUCUAUACUACAGAAGAACAAAUCCAUGAGCUAUUCAAGAAAUGUGGGGAAAUUGAAAGAGUGAUUAUGGGGUUGGACAGAUUUAAUAGAACACCAUGCGGGUUUUGCUUUGUGGUAUACAAGGCGCGUUGUCUGGCAUUGAAUUGUGUUAAAUAUUUAAAAUACACCAAGCUUGAUGAUGAAGUAUUAGAGAUUGAUAUCGAUCCAGGCUUCCAAGAAGGUAGACAAUUUGGGAGAGGUUACAAAGGUGGCCAAGUUAGAAAUGAUAGAAGAGGUGAUGUUUUUGAACCAGGAAAGGGUAAUUAG